ACUCCCACUGAGGGGCGGAAGUACGUAUCAAGUAGCUGAGAAAACAAAUAAGCAGGGACUGCGGCUGUUGAGAGAUGGAUGAGCUAGUGCAUGACCUGGCCUCUGCACUGGAACAGACUUCAGAACAAAACAAACUGGAGGAGCUGUGGGAGGAGAUGGUGCUGAGUCCACUGCAGCAGAGGAGGCAGAUCCGCAGGAGGCGGGGCAGGAAACGACGCUGUGACUCCUCCCACUCCCUGGAUCAUGCCCGCUGCUUCAGCGAGGCCUCUGAGUCCAGUCUGGAUGAAGCUGCCAAGGACUGCCGGGAGAACGCUGCCGCGGCCGCCAACUUCAGCGACUCUGAUGACAUGAUCGUAGUCAAGAGGCGACCCUCCUUCUCCUCCUCCUCCCUCAAAAACAAGCAGCACUCCUGGCCAGAGUCGGACUCGUUCACAGAGAACACGCCGGGCCGGCCCCUGAGAAGGAGGCGGAAGGUGAAACGGAUGACCUCUGAUGUUACAGUCAGCCUCCAGCAGAAAUUAAAAGUGUCCGAGCUGGACACCGAAAGGAGCGGGAACCAUAGAUCUGCCAAAAAGCAGCGGCUGUCCAAGUUAAAGAAGAACGUUCCCUGGACAACUGCCCACGAGUCCUUGAGUAAUAGAGGCUUCAUCAAUGAGGAGGGGUGGAAGGAGAAAAUGAUGUUUGAAGCAGAAGAGCAGAAGGAAGCCUCUGAUGAAAAUAUGUCAGAAUGUGAAACAAGUAGCGUGUGUAGCAGUGACCCUGGACUCUUUACAAAUGAUGAGGGGAGACAAGGAGAUGACGAGCAGAGUGAUUGGUUCUUUGAGGGAGAGUGUGGCUCUGGAAUUGGGGUCCCUAGCCUUCUUCCCAACUGGGAAACAGACUCCCAGCCAGAGCUGGGACACCUGGAUUCUGGAUUGGAGAAGCUUUCAUCCCCAACUUUCCUCCAGCCCUCUCGACCUCCACAGAGAGGUUAUCAUACACGCUUAAACCGCCUGCCAGGCGUGGCUGCUCGUUGCAUCAGGAAGGGAAGGAGAAGGCUGCCUGGCAGGGAUAGUGGUGUUACAACCUUGUCUGCUGAAAGAAUAAACCACUUUUCACAAGACCCUUAUCAAAAAGAUUUUUGGUUACCGUCAAUAGGAAAAAGAGACUGGCACCAGUUUAACCCCUUGUCUUCCUUGUAUCCAGUGGAUGUGGUUACAGAUGGCUGCCACCGGAGGUGCUCUUCCUCACUGUGUAAAAACAGACAGACAAGCAUGCAUCUGGGAUUGCUGUGCACCGGCGACAUAAAACGAAGGAGAAAAACGACCGCAACUUCUAGUUCUGCAGCAGCUUGCAUUCCCUUCCACGAGGAGAGUCGGAGUGAAGCUGCAGAGGGUGCUGGAAACCAUCGUAGUCCUGUAAGCCUGGAGUCCACCAGAGCGGGAGGGCCUUCGAUGUCUGAGAAGCCUGAUUUUAUCAAGCCAGCCAGUUUCUUCAGAUCACGGAGGGAGCAUCAGCACGACUGAAACGUACUUCUCUUUACCAGCCUGGUUAAGCUUGUCUAGGUCACAAUCAAAGGCAUACUGUAGGUGCUGUAAAUAUAACUUCCACAGGGGAAACACAUUUUGUCUUUUAAAUUACCGGAGGGCAUUGAACCUAUAAAUGCACCCCAGUUCAAUCAGCACAGCUAAUAUUGUUCUUUACAUAUGUUUAGCAGUGGUGGGUAGCGACCUCCUGUCAAAAUAGCACUGUGUAAAUGACACAGUGCAAAUAGCAGGAUGAUGACGUUCCUAAGACCUACCAUUUUAAUAAAAAUGAAAUGUUUUUAAAAUGUUUGUGUUUUUGCUAAGGCAACUCUUACACUCCAGAGUGUACGGUGCAUUUGGAAAUACACAAUGAAUUAGUGCUUUGUGGUUUUCUGUCCUUUGGGGGUCUAUAUUUCAGGUUCAAACAUUAAAGAAAAUAAGUGGAAAUACUAAUUAUGUUAUGCAUGUGUCCAAGUUCACCUGCCUUUAGUGACCACUCUGGACAAAUUUCCAUGUUAUGUAUUUCAUCUGUUAAAAUCCGCAGGACUUAAAGAUUGCUUUGCAACCCAUGAAUGGCAGUUAAAGGCUGGUUUCACUGUAACAGAUAUGUUAACUGUGGUUUGCACAGUAUAGCAAAUUGAAUGGUUUUGUUUGUGUGGCCAUGUCAAAAUUUCCAGUAUACAGUAUGUUCGAGUUUAUAAAUUAUGUAAAUAGUACAAGAAUAUCUAGUGUAUCCACAGCUCCCUCAACGUAGAAUUGGCGUCUAGUGUUCACUCUGUUUAAUUACAGCAUCUGCUGCCAAAAGAAGGCUUCCUGAGUCAGGUGUGAAAACACUAUAUCAAAAAAAUAUUGCUGACAUUUGAUAAACUACGCUGCAGAGCGCCACCUCUACGAGAGGAGUCAUGGAAAUGCAUUCUCAAUAAGUCACAGGUUGAGUGAGCCGAGCGGGUCUCUGUUCCCAAAAGGUAUUCUUGAGCUGGCCAGUGGUGGUAGAACAGUUAGGAAUCAUGGCCUUCCCAGAGGCAGUUAACCGUCACAUUGGUGAUGCCUUUAUUGCAAUAACAUCACCUGUGUAUUCAGAGAAUGGAUUUCCAGUCAACGGAAUGGAAUCAGAGUGUGUAGGAAGUUUGGAAGUGUCACAUGGGUGCAGUCAGUUGCCUGCCCUGUUACAGUUAAGAAAUCCAGAGACCUAAUAAAACUCAUAUUUCAUUCCCUGUAAGGAUUACCUGUCAGCGGAAAAAAAGAUGUAUUGAUCUGUUUUCCUUUUUAAAGCAGCAAUCACCUGACAAAGGCACCUAGAAAAGCAUGACUGAGUGAUGCCCACAGCGUAACCCACUGUGGAGGUGCUUCAGAUGACCCGGUGACAAAGAAAGAUAAUGCAGCUAUAAACUCAACGUGAACUUGGGAAAUACACAAGACUGUUUCAUACUCUGACAAGGUUUCAGACCAGGUCUCUGGCUGUGUCUCAGACCAGGUCAGCUAAUGUAGAAAUUAGAAAUCGAUGCCAAAAUGAUUAUUUUGACAUUCAAAAUGCGUGCAAAGAAAAGCUAAUAUACAAGCUAGUUUUACUGAACGUUUAAUGAAUGUAUUGUAAUGUAAACUUGGGUUUACUGAAGUAUGCACUUGUUUUUCUAAGUAACUGCUUCUUGCUAAGUAAUCCAGAUUUAUAUUUGGGGCAGAAAGUUCUUUUUCUGAGACCAUCCCACAACCUCCAAACACAAUUGUACUACUGGUCAUUCUUGCUUUUUGAAAACAGCAUUGGCUUGGUUGCCUCUACUCAACUGACAUUGAGUUGGUGCUGUGUCAUAUUCCUCUUUUAUACUGGACUUGGCCUUUUGUUUUCAUACAAUGGAAUAUGUUCCUUCAGCAAGCAGGUUUAACUGUUGUACACUUGUUGAGUAAUUAGCCUUAUAGAUUACAGUUCUAUCAGAAUUCUUUUUUUUCCAAGGACACAAAAUGAUGGAAGAGUAGAAGGUAAACAAUUGUGAAGGCACUCUUGAACUCCAUUGCAAUAAAAUGCUAGCAUUGUUGCAACUUAUUUGAAUACAAGGACAUUGUGACCCUUUUACCAAGCUGAAUAUUAGCCCUUGAUCAAAAUAUAACAAUUCGUUACCAUUUUCACCAAAAAUUACGAAUACAACUUGUGAAUGUAAGAUUGUUUCUGUGGAAACUACCACAGUGUAGUUAUACAGUACACAUACUUGUUUUAUAGUUUUUAUUUUUUAAUUUUUAAUAUAAAUGUUUAUUUUAAAUUUGGUUUAGUAAUAAGCUGUUAUUCAGUACAGUUGAAAUGGAAUAACUUCUAGAAACACAGCUAGUGUUUCAUUUCUGACUUUGUAAUAAGCUAGUUCGAUAAGAUUAGCAUUUUGUAUAACGUAAUGUCCAGCACAGUAAGCUAUUCUAGUAUUGUAGCAUCUUUGCAGUUCUGGAGCAAUAACUUGUACUAAAAUAGGGGACACUUUACAGUAUUAUACAGCAAUUCAUGGUGUUCUUAUUGCACUUAAUAUUCCUAACCCCUCCAAAAGCUACACUCCAUCAUUAUACCUGACUCUAAGGCAUUCCCGUGCUUGGGUAAUGGAUCCUUUAUAAUUAAACUGAAGUCCAAGGUAUUCUGCUUGGUACUGCUAACAUCACAGGGGCAUUACGCCACACACAUUUCCAAUUAGGCUGCCCAGGGUGGCUAAUAUUACUGCUUGGUAUUCCUUCUAUAAUGGAGGAGGGUCCUUAGGCAGCUAACCCUUGCAGUGAAGAAUUAGCACAACCAUAUCUAGUUAUCUUAAUAAUUUUAGCUAUGAAAGCAUGCGUAAUUGCUAUGUUGCUAUAAACUUAUUACUUGAAGAAUGUUCCUUGCCUUGAAAGCUCACUGUAUGUAUUAGUCAGUGUUAAAUGUAUUACAGUAUUAACAUUGAUAUAAAACAUCUAUUCAUUUUUUAAUUCCCGUCUUUAAUGCUAUGAAUCCAGUAACUUACAGACUUAAUUUUUUAACAAUGUAAGUUAUCUUGUAACCUCUAAUAGGGGCCCACAUUGUCACAAUGAGAGGCAAAAGAAUAUUUUAAAUCAGGCAUCUAAAAUACUGUAAAAAGUACAGCAGUAGCAGAAGUUAAUGACAUGUAAAUUAUUGAGAAAUAAUUUGAAACUGGAACUUUAAAGAUGAUUCAAAAGGGUUGUUUCAUACAGAAUUAGUGUGCAAAUGCUUAAUGAAUAGUACCCUAAGUGUUAUGCUUGUGGGAACUAUAUAUUGUACAGUAAGUCCCAAUUAAACAUGCUCCUGUAUGUAUCUUCAGAUCUUCUUUAGAAAACUGUGUUGUUGAGUCACAUGUUUGUUAGUGUUGCACAUGUAUUCACAUGUAACCCUACAGAAAUGGCCCAGGUGCAGCAGGCUAUAGUGCCUGCUUGUGUUCUAGAAUGUAAUCGGACUCCUGGUUGUCUACAGCUCAUGGCAUGAUUACUAUGUUUAACCAAUUUCCAAAAGCUAAGUAUUUAAAUGUACACUAUAAAUUAAAUCGGAGAUUAAAGGGGAUUAUUGUAACCCCCACCCCCCCCACCCCCCCCUUAGUUUUUAGAAUUAGCAUUUUUACGCCAGUAAAACUUUGACUUGACAGUUAUGGGUUCUGAUUUAAGUAAUUUACUUAAAUAUGUUAUUUUUGUAAAUAUAAACUAAGAUACAGAUAUCCAGUAACUAAUAAGUAAGCUGUUUUACAAAAUGAGGAUUUUAAUAUGAUUUUAAAUGAGGUAUUGAAAAAAUACCUGUGGAUAAUGUAAUCAUUUUAGCUCCUAAAUUUGUAAGGUGGUUAUGCUGAGUUUAGUACCGAAUCGCUUGAUAUAUGGUUGAAGUCUGAUCUCAGUCCGUCGUAGAUUGAAGGUGUUAAACACUGAGGUAAGCACACUAAAAGGCACCUUAAGUUCUUGAACUAUAACCUUAGAAGAGUAACAUGUUUGAGGAACACUAACAUUGCAGGUAUUAAAAAAAAAAAAAGAUUUACUUUGCACAAAAAUAUGUGUGCUGUUUCUUCCUAGUCUGGAUGUUUUGUACCUGUAUUUUCACUACAUUGUAUAGAUCCUUAAAUAUAAAUGGAAGUAGUUUAUAAAACAAACAUGUAUUCUGACAAUAAACAC